AUGGCCUCUGUCUCAGAGCUCACCUGCAUCUACUCUGCCCUCAUCCUGCAUGACAAUGAGGUGACAGUCAUGGCUCUGGCCAAUGUCAAUAUCUGGAGCCUCAUCUGCAAUGUGGGGACUGGAGGACCUGCCCUAGCAGCUGGUGCUGCACCAGCAGGAGGUCUUGCCCCAGCCACCACUGCUGCCCCAGCUGAGGAGAAGAAAGUAGAAGCAAAGAAAGAAGAAUCUGAGGAGUCUGAUGAUGAUAUGGGCUUUGGUCUUUCUGACUAAACUUCUA